UGCUAUCAUUUAAAUAUAUACAAGAUUUUGGGCUCAUCAACCAGCCAGAUCUUUGAAAAACAUCUUAGAAAUUGUACUUUACUAAAGGUUGUGGUUUAGUGGAAUUUGGGAUGUUUUGAAAGUAUUGUAGCAUAAAAGAAAUUCAAGUGUGAACCCUAAGGUAGAUAUGAUCCCAGUUGCUUCAAUAAUUUAUUGUCAUAUUAGCAUAAAAAGUUCCAGGGGCACAACACCAAACAUGCAGGUGAUUCACAAAUAAACAGUCAAAUAUCUUGCAUUUCAAUUCCCCACAUUAUCUGAAGCUCCAAAAGAAAAAAGCUUCAAAAGAAGCAGCUUGUAAAUCAAGCAGAACACAGACCAAUUUGCUUGUGAAUCAGUUUCUGGGACAGAGACAGUUAAAAAGAUUUUCACACACUCACUGUUAAAAACCUCCACAUCGCUCUGAUUCAAUUACCUCAUAUGUUACAAUUUAUAAUUAAGAUGCAGCAAAACUUGAUGCAUAAAAAUAAAGGUAUUAACCCUAGGAGCACUCAGUUUAUUGAUAUUACCCUAGAACUGAGACUGCAAAUGUACAGCUAUGUGUAAAUCAGCUGUGUAUUUGUAGUUUCAGAGAGAAACUUGUGAAUUGUUACCCAGGUAGAUGGGGAAAAUGUUGGAUGGAUGGCACUAAAAUUGCUACUACCUUAGGGUAAAAAAAGAAACUAAAUCACAAUUAUAGGACGCUUCUCAAAACUUCAUCCAAAAAAGUAAAGCCAAGAACAUAAUUUAUUGUGGCAAAACUAUGCCAAAUCCAUAGUCAAUGUGGAGUGAAGUGGGUGUAGAAUUAAACUGUAGUUGGCAAAUGAUUUGCCAGGUGGGAAAAAAGUCAUCUUCAUUUGUAGUGGGAAGAAAAUAAUAUAAAGCUAUGGGCAGUUAUGAAGUACUGUGGUUUAUAGCUGAAAUAAUAUCUCUUAAACGUAAAAUAAUCUCACAUGUACAUCUUUGACCAGUAACCAUGAAGUUUGAAUUAAUCUAAAGGCUCAGUAAGCAGAAAGUAAUGAUGAACAUCUAAGAGCUCUCCAGCUACCAGAAGAAUAUAUGGGAAACACAAAUAUUGAAAUUAACAAAAACACUCAAAAACAAACAACAAAAACUAAAAAUGGCCAUUUCCAAAAGAAAUCCACCACUGCAGGAGAAUAACUUUUUUUUCCCCUCCAGAUAUGAACUUCUGACCAUGGGGGACUGGAACUUGUUGGGCAGCAUCCUUGAAGAAGUGCACAUCCACUCCACCAUAGUUGGCAAAAUCUGGCUCACAAUCCUGUUCAUAUUCCGGAUGCUGGUGCUGGGAGUGGCCGCUGAAGAUGUCUGGGAUGAUGAGCAAUCCGAGUUCAUCUGCAACACGGAGCAACCUGGCUGCAACAAUAUCUGCUACGACAAAGCCUUCCCCAUCUCUUUGAUCAGAUACUGGGUACUGCAGAUCAUAUUUGUCUCCUCCCCGUCCUUAGUGUACAUGGGCCACGCACUCUACAGGUUGAGGGCCCUGGAGAAAGAGCGGCAGAACAGGAAAGCCCACCUGCGGGCUCAGCUCGAGGACCUGGAGCCCAUGCUCGAGGAACACAGGAGGGUGGAGAGAGAACUGCGUAAGCUGGAGGAACAGAAGAAAGUGAAUAAGGCACCCUUGAGAGGGUCCCUGCUGCGCACCUAUGUCCUACAUAUCCUGACCCGGUCCGUGGUCGAGGUGGGCUUUAUGAUAGGUCAGUAUCUUUUAUACGGGUUUCACAUGUCUCCCCUUUACAAAUGCACUCGGCCCCCCUGCCCUAACACGGUGGAUUGUUUUGUGUCCCGACCCACAGAGAAAACCAUCUUUAUGGUUUUCAUGAACAGCAUCGCCGCCGUCUCCCUCUUCCUCAACAUCCUCGAAAUCGCCCACCUGGGCAUCAAGAAGAUCCGGAAGAGCCUGUGCGGGCAGCCGCUGUGGCCGGCGGGCCCGUCCGAGGAGGAUCCCAGCGCGUACAACUCCAAGAAGAGCUCGGUGGUGCCCCCGCCGCCCUGCCUGGCCAGUUUGUCUCAGAGGUGGUCUUCAAGUCGAAUAAUUGUUCAAUGA